UAAUACCAGUGCUGAUAUUCAAUUCGUGGGAAAUCGAAUUGUUUAAAAGAAGUGUACAAAUCAGACCUAACGAUGACGGCGCAAGCAAGGCCUGCUUAACGAAAAGGUUUCGCAUUUAUUUACGUUCCUUUGGCAAAAGAGGCUGGCUAUGACGUGAGUUCGGAAUUUCUACCUUCGCCCGAGAGAGUCAAGUCGAAAGCGCCUUAAGCUCAAGUUCACUGCCAGCAAGCGGCAAAAAGCGCGAACGCGAGAGAGAUAAAGAAACGAGAAAAGCUUGGGGCAAGCAAGCUUUUGCAUCAACUGUUUUUACACCCAAAAGCACCAAAAUGAGUAACGAAUCUUCCGUUAGCGAGACAACACCGCUCCGGCGGCCGCCCAGUCAAUUGAGUGCCGAUACAGAAGCUAACGUGGCCGACACCAGACAGUCGACGGUUUCGGUUGUUAACAACAAUAAUCAUAGCAACAAUAACAACCACUACAGCAACUUGGUCGAGGUGCGUCUCCAGGAGGCAGAAGAGAACCAGCAGCAGCAGCAGCAACAGCAAGAGCAACGCGAAAACAUGGACACAAAUAAGAGAAUCUUGUGCCGCGUGGGUCUGGACAUUUUAAUUUUACUCUGCGUUGGCUUUCCCAUUCUAUUGUUUUUCCUGCUGGGAGAUCCCUACAAGCGAGGUUUCUUCUGCGACGAUGAAUCGCUGAAGCACCCGUUCCACGACUCCACAGUGCGAAACUGGAUGUUGUACUUCAUUGGAGUGGUGAUACCCGUUGGUGUGAUCCUCACGGUUGAGGUACUGAUAUCGCGGUGCAAGGCGAAGCGGGACAAUGGCAAUGCCACCAGUCGGCGGUAUGUCUUCAUGAAGUACGAGCUGCCCGACUGGCUGAUCGAGUGCUACAAGAAGGUCGGCAUCUACGGCUUUGGGGCCGCCGUCAGUCAGCUAACGACGGACAUUGCCAAGUACUCCAUCGGGCGACUGCGUCCACACUUCAUUGCGGUGUGCCAGCCCAUCCUCGCAGACGGUACCACAUGCAACGAUGCCCAGAAUGCCGGCAAAUACAUCCAGGAGUUUACUUGCCAGGGACUCGGCUCGUCGGCGCGCAUGCUCAAAGAGAUGCGCCUCUCGUUCCCCAGCGGACACUCCAGCUUUACCUUCUUUGCCAUGGUCUACAUGGCGCUGUAUCUGCAGUCACGCAUGACCUGGCACGGCUCCAAGCUGCUGCGUCACCUUCUCCAGUUUGUGUUCAUCAUGAUUGCAUGGUAUACGGCUCUGAGCCGCGUCUCGGACUACAAGCAUCACUGGUCCGAUGUGCUGGCCGGAGCCCUGAUUGGCUCCACGUGUGCCUUAGUUGUGGCCAACUACGUCUCGGACCUGUUCCAGACGUCCAGCACGAAGCCUUACCUGCCUCGGACCGCCCAAGAUAUGGGUGCCACGACAAUAACAACGCAGUCGCCGCCGCUGGGGAUCACCGUGACGACGAAUUAACCCCCAGUGGAGGUCCACAACUACCACAAAUUCCAUAUGCUGUAGCUGAAACAGGGAUCUGAUUUCGCGCAUGCUUUUUAGAAAGAUGACGAAGCCAAGCUUUCGUGUUUUAAUUUAUUCUUGAGUUUGCAUUUUAUGUAGUACCGUGAGAGUUACGUUGCAAGUGCACUUAAAUGUCUUCCCCGGAAGGUUGAUUUUAAUCUUAAGUUAGCGCAAUGGAAAGAUAUCUUUGUGAUGAUAUUUAUUGUAUUAUUCGCUAAGGAAUUUUAAUACAAAUUAGUCUUAAAUACGACAUAAACUAA